CACGUCUCUUCUUCGUCUCAAUCGAUACCAUUUCCCGAGGCCUCUCUUUCUUUUUUUAAACACACAAACUCUCUGUCGAUCUCUCCAGCGCGUUGCUCAACCACGAGUUCCUUCUGCUUCCUCUCCAAUGGCGGUCAUGAAAUCCCCUCUCUCCUCCCCUCCUACAUCCCGCCUUACUCGCCAUUCCUUCUUUCCUUCUCGAUCCCUACCUUAUCGCGUUUGCCUCAAACCCUCCUCCAACCCUGGACGUGCCGGUUCUGUUCGCGCUUGUGAGGCGAAUGUUAGAUCCGAUGGAGCUCCGGUUUCAAUGGGUGUUGGUUCGCCUGCUUCCUCCGCUAUCGAUUUCCUCACGCUCUGCCAUCGUCUCAAGGCAACAAAAAGAAAGGGAUGGGUCAAUCAUGAAAUAAAAGGCCCUGAAUCUAUUGCUGAUCACAUGUAUCGCAUGGCAUUGAUGGCAUUGAUCAUUGAUGAUAUUCCUGGUGUUAAUAGGGAGAGGUGCAUCAAGAUGGCAAUUGUGCAUGAUAUUGCAGAAGCUAUUGUCGGUGAUAUUACACCUUCCGAUGGUGUUCCCAAAGAGGAAAAGAGUAGGCUUGAGCAAGCUGCUUUGAAUGAAAUGUGUGAGGUUCUUGGUGGUGGUUUGAGAGCUGAGGAGAUAAAGGAACUUUGGACGGAGUAUGAGAAUAAUUCUUCACCAGAGGCUAAUCUAGUAAAGGAUUUUGAUAAAGUGGAAAUGAUUCUCCAGGCAUUGGAGUAUGAAAUGGCUCAUGGGAAGAUUUUGGAUGAGUUUUUUCUUUCCACCGCCGGCAAAUUUCAAACUGAUGUAGGGAAGAGGUGGGCUGCUGAAGUAACUUUGAGGAGGAAUAAGCGCCUGGGCAGACAAGCUUAACAAAGGCAUUUGAGCCGAAUCUCAUUGCCAAAUAUAAUGAAGUCUCGUCUUUCUUUAUUUCUUUUCCCUUUCAACUCAUUGACAAAAUAUACCAAUAAUUCAGUUGCGGCCUGCCAUGGUUCACCGUUACACUGACUCAAGACACACAGAUUAAUUCCUCAAGAGCAGAUGUUGUACUUUUCGGAGCUUUUCCAAUACUACAUGGCAGAAGAAAAUCCAUUCGUCGGAUGCCCUCAGCUUGACCGUUCACUGCCUUUAUUUACUCGUCAAAUUUUGAUUCUAGUAGCUCAUUCAGCAUAAAUUGUGACAUUUCCGGCUAAUUUCACGCCGUAUUUCCAAUUGGAAAGGUAUAUUUGGAGAUGUAUUGGCCUUCGGUGUUGUUUUUCCUUAACAUUCUCUGUUAGCAAUUCUUACAAAUUUCUUGAUGAUUAUACCCUAGGCCAAACUCUGAAGUCUGUUUUUAAUUUCAACUUUGUUUUGGGAGAUUUUAGACAAGUUAAAUAUAUCACCUGUAGUGUGUUUACAUUGGCCAACAGAAAAGAUGUAAUAUGUGCCCAGAAUCAGAUUUUGGUAUAUUUGAUUGAUUAGUAAAUUUUGUAGUGUUUAU